AUGUCAAAUGCCAGAAGAAAAUAUGAUCUCAUUAACAGUAAUACUAGUCUAAGUGAAAGUUGUUCAGCAGGAGAUUCUUUGGAGGAUUCCAGUUCUUUGUACUCAUCUUCUUGUGAUGAAGAACUUUCAAUGCGUAAAUAUAUGAGAAAUAUCAAAAAAUCAACUCAACAUAUACGCUAUGAAACUUCACGUCAUUUGAAACCUAUAAAAGUUACUAAAAUUAAUUUGAAAACCCUUGAUGAAGAUUUAUAUCUUCGCUUAAGUCGAAAAAUAAUCUUGAAAAACUGUAGCAAAGUAUCGUGUUCUUUUUUGACUUCUGAUCAAAAUUUGGUUAUUGCUGGUUCAGUAGAUGCUUUGAUUUAUUUAUGGGAGAGAGAUAAUGAACAAUCAGUAUCAGAAGAAUCUCAUGAUGUUCUACAUACCAUUGGAAAUAUAAAUUCCAGCAAUUUUGCAUCAUCAGUACAAGGAAACAAUUUAGUUGAAUAUUUUGAGAAAAGUAAAGCAUUUAUAUUACGUGGACAUGGUGGACCUAUAUUUGAUUUAGCUGAAUUGCCAUCAGCUAAAAUCCUGCUUAGUGCAUCUGAUGACAAAACCUACAGAGCUUGGGACUUGAGAACUAAACUGUGUAUAGAAAUAUACAAUGAACAUGAACAUAGGACAUGGUGUAUUGCUGCCAGUCCAUAUAGCUUGCAAGUGGCCACAGGAUCAUGUGAGGGCGCUAGCUGUUUAUGGUUUUUGAACUAUAAACGUCCGUUAAGAAUGUUUAUGGGUCAUCUCGAUGAUAUUUUGGUUCUAAAAUUCCAUCCAAAUCAAGUGUUCUUAGCUACUGGUUCAUCAGAUAAAACUGUCAGAGUGUUUGAGCUAACAACUGGUGACUGUCAUAGAGUUUUAAUGGGACACACCGAUUAUAUCACCUGUUUAGAAUUUAAUACUGAAAAUUUUAAUUAUCUAGCAUCCGCUGCUGGUAACGGAGAAAUAAUAGUAUGGGAUGUGCCAUCUGGUGAAAUAGUAUGGAGAAUUGGAGUUGGUAAAGUGUUAUUUUCGGAUCUGGUGUGGAUAACAAAAGAUGUAUUAUUAGCUUCAUUGACUACUGGUGUUGUCUUAAAAUGUGACACUACACUGUAA